AUGAGGGCGACAGACGAGCGAGUCUCUUGCUCCGCGCGUACUUCGGGUAACCAAAACGAGCUUGGGGGACUCCCGGAGCUGCGGGGCCGGGUUGAGGGCUGCCGAGACCUAACUCUGCCUCGUCCCUUGUUUGCAGAGGAGGACGGCGAGCUCUACAAGGCCGAGGAGUGCGACCUGGACUGCAGCAACAGCAGCCGGCCGAGCCGCAGCCCCGACAGCGAGCUGCAGGACGACGAGGAGCUGUGCGGCGAGGAGAGCAGCACCAGCACCACCACCACCACCAGCACCACCACCACCACAGGCGGCAGCGGCUCGGCGGCUCCCGGAGAGCCCGACCCGGGCCACCACCACCACCACCACAACCACGCCGAGGCCGCCCCGCAGCCCCCUCCUCAGCCCCAGCAGCCGCCCCCGGCAGCGCCCGGCGGGGGGCAGCAGAGCCAGCAGGCCAAGCCCAAGAGGAAGCGCACGGGCUCGGACUCCAAGUCGGGGAAGCCCCGGCGGGCUCGGACAGCUUUCACCUACGAGCAGCUGGUGGCGCUGGAGAACAAGUUCAAGUCCACGCGGUACCUGUCGGUGUGCGAGCGCCUCAACCUGGCGCUGUCCCUCAGCCUCACCGAGACGCAGGUGAAGAUCUGGUUCCAGAACCGCCGCACCAAGUGGAAGAAGCAGAACCCCGGCGCCGACACCAGCGCGCCCACCGGAGGCGGCGGGGCGGGCGGCGGGGCGGGGGGCGGCGGGCUGGGGGGCGGCCUCAGCCCCCUCAGCCACUCGCCGCCCAUGGGCAACCCGCUCUCCAUGCACGGGCCCGGCAGCUACGCGGGGCACCCCGCCGGGGGGCUGGUGUGCGCCGCCCAGCUGCCCUUCCUGCCCAGCCCCGCCGUCCUCUCGCCCUUCGUGCUGGGCUCGCAGACUUACGGCGCCCCGGCUUUCUACACCCCGCACCUAUAAGCCCGCCGCCGUCCCCACAGACCGCCCCCCCCCCCUCAGGCGGCCGGGUGGGUCCGGGGGGGUUGUGUGUGUGUGUGAGGGGGAAGCUCCGAGGAUGGGACAGAAGGGGAGAAGGGACGGAGCCGCCGUGAGGGGGACGGAGCCGCCAUGGGGUGACGGGGCUGCCGUGAGGUGACCGGCUGUGAGGGAACGGGGCCGCCAUGAGGUGACGGGGCCGCCGUGAGGGGACGGAGCGACCGUGAGGGGACGAUCAACGGUCAGCGAUCGCCAGCGGCCACCAACGGUCAACAACGGUCGCCAGCGGCCACCAACCGACGAGGCGCGGCCCCUCCGGGCAGCUUCGUCGUCCACAACCGUUUCUACGACCCGUUUUUAUACGCGACGUGUAUACUGGGCUUCUGAGGGGAGGAAGAAAGCCUCCCUCCCCCCUGUACAUAGCGGUAGAUGUAAAUCAUCGUUACCUGUAUAUAUAUAUAUAUAUAUAUUUCCCCACCCACGAUGUGCCCUGUUGCUGUGUCUUUUUGUUUUUGUCUUUUUCUUUUUUUAAUUAUUUUUGUUUUCCCCCGGUCUGGCCACUCUUUAAAAAAAAAAGGACUUUAAAAAGCUUACGUACCCAUUUGACUCUCAGGGUAAAACAGAGAACUAUAGUCUUGUCCCUCGACAUUGUUGAGACAACAAUGCGCCGUUUCCUUGCCUGAUUUCACGAUUUUUUAAAAAUUAUUAUUAUUUUUGCCCUCAAGCACAGCCGCCCCCGGGGAGGGAGAGGGGGCGGCCGCCGGCCCCCUUGGUCCCCUCGGGGUGGGCUUUUUUUCCCCCUCACGUCCCGCAUUUCUGUAUAUUUCUGGUUGUUACAAAAGUUUUAACUUUAUAAUUAAUGUAUAAGGUACGGGAAUAACGGUCGAAAGAUGAUACAGAAAGCACUUUGUUUGCUAAAAACCACUUUAACGCAAUCAAUAAACUUUAAGGAAACCGCGACUCUACUCUCCGUGGUGGUGUCUCCCUGAUUUUCGGGAAUUUGUAGGAAAAGUUCCCUCUGGAAAACGCCUGGCACAGGGGCAUCUGGAGCGAGGUAUCGCAUUAGGGUUUUGUUUUUCGUUUCGUUUACUCUGGAAACACGUCGUGUGUUUCUGACACACAAACUUUAUUCUUCUACGGGAGAGGGCAUGUCCCUGCUUAGUUCCCGUGAUUGCAUUUUCUUAACUGUUUUUGCCGAUCUUAAUGCAAUAUUAAGGAAAAAAAAAUCUUUUUUUUUUUUUUCUUGUAGAUAAACUCCUUUGUUUCCGCAGACGGCGAGUCUGAUAUUUUGGAUUUAUGCACGUUUAACAAAGCGGUUCUUCCCUUUAGUUCCCAGCGCUUUAAAAAUAAAGCAAUCUUUCCACAGCACUUCCGCUGAUUAUUUAGGAACUGCUUUCAAAGUCUUCCACAAUCCUUAUUUUAUUUUUUUCUUAAUUGCAAAGCAAACAAAAGGCUGACCGCUUUGCCCACCAGCAACCCCCAGCCCGGCGGACCCCCCAGCUCCCGCCGAGGAGAAGCUCCCUGUUUCCACUGUUGCUUUGUUGCUUGCCCGUUUCUUUUGUUUUUCAGCCCAGAAACGUGACGGCCGCUUUCCCGGGGUGAUUUCACGAAAACAGCGUUUUCUCGAGUCAUUUUAGCGGGCACGGGGACGGAGCAGCUGAACACCUCCCUGCCCGGAGGCCCCGGCAGGCUGUGGGCAUCCCCGCUGCCUUCCAUCUCCCCUCCUUUAGGGCCGUGCAAAUGCCAGAUGGCUCCCAGCAGACUCGUUUGCCUUUGCUUUAACAAAUCUGAAGUGAAUUUUCAAGGGAGAACGCUGCGAGUGCUGCUUGGAGCACGGCUCUCCGUGGUUUUACCUGUAGGGAAAACCAGCUGAACAGGGAAAUGGAUGCUUAGUAGGCUCUUCUGCGCUGUAAAACUAUCCUGUUGCUGCCCGGGUUUGAGCAAACACUAUGAGCAUUUGUGCUCUUAGUUCAGAUGGGGCAUGACCCAGCUUCAUAUCAAAGCCUGUCUACACACAGCGAACUCCCAGCAGAAAAUAUUCCAGCUCCAACAGGGGGAUGCUCGGAGAGUUGGAGCAGAUGAUUUUCCUGCUCAAGUCAGUUAGCGUCCUGCCAGUGAAACCUGUUCGUGUGAGUGUUAUCGCUCACAGCUGUGGGAUGAAGAAGACAGCCUGAGAUUCCCAGUCAUUAAACUCGAUUUAAUAAGGUUUCUGAUAUUUUAUAGCAGUGCUGAAAGCAAACUCACAGAUAUCUUUCUCAGCGUAGUUUAGGAAGUUAUUGAUAAUUCUUGCUUGAAUGUCUCAUGUAGCUGAUCCUCUGCUUGCAGAAGUCAAUAGGAGAACUGCAGAGCCUCAACUGCAGCACGUCUUCCCCAGCACUCGGACUGUGCAGCAGUGCUGAGCACACCGUGGGCUCGGUCUCAAGUCACAGGAUGUUGCCCACAUGCAGAGGGCAUUUAGUGUGAGUAUGAGCAGCACCAAAGAGCGAGCUCUCAGACGAUGCUCCCUGGACCACUGCCCUGUAACCAGGCUGCAUGUUUGUCAGUGAGACAUCUGAUGGUAUCAGCACUGGGCUGUUGUUCAGAAACAUCCCUGGUCUGAACGUGCAGCAACCAGCGCAGUAAAGCUCAAUGUUCCCACCUGUCUGAAUGUCCUAACUCCAUCACCCUAUGUCCCUGCCUCUGGCUCUCCAAGAGAAUGGAACAAGCUGUGGGCUUGAUGCAGCAAUAUGAGGUUAUCACACCACAGCGAUCCCACUAAAUAGUCCUAAAAGGCCCCAAAACAUGCUAACCCCUAGCAAAGCCCAAAAGCAGAUUCCCAUACAGUGAUGCACCUUCUGCUCAGCAUGCCAUAGUUUGUGCUUUACCCCGCACAGAGGUUUUUGCAGAGACUCAGCUUGGUUUUCAGUGAGCAAUAGAGAUCCUGGUGCAGCAUGAGUAUAAUCUACCGACUGAAAGCAAGAUGAUUAUUUCUCUGUGGCACAAGCAGAAGGUGGUUGCUCUGGUUCAUUCUGUGAGUUAUUUUUUUUUUUUAAUGACUUUAUUAUUCAUUCAUAAAACUUAGAGGAUUCACAGGGCAUAUGACAAAGCAUUUGCCAGAGGACAAACUCUCUUCGCAGUUACACCAGGUAACACAUUCAGAGUCUGAUUCAAUGUUUUCAAUUGAAGCCUUUGGCAUCUACCAGAGAAGAUUUGGGAUCAUCAGCAUACUUUUGAGCUAAUUCCCACAAAGUCAAUGUUAAAUCCAAGGAUGCAAGCCUGUAUAGUGAGAAAUGAUUCUGACACUAAUUGAAUCUUACCAUUGUUCACUGUGUUUAUGAUAGAAUUAGAUACAAAAAGAAGGAAAAUGUGUCCAUUUUACUUUGUUCUGAAUAUUUUAACUUAUACUGAACAACAAAUUUCAGUAGUUUAUGCUUACUGAAUAAAUGGAGUAAAACUUCUUACUCUUAAAGGAACACAAAUGCAGGCAGAUAUGUUCCAAAUGUUUGGGAGAUAUUUGAAAAUACUUUGAAAUAUUUUGUCUCAUUGCUUACACAGCACAGUCAAUUAAAUUACACAAAAUCAUUGGAAACCAGUGCUCUAUAAUUCUAUCCCCCCAAAAAUUUCUUGGUGUUAUUGCAGGUUGGGCAGAUCUUCAGGUGGUUUUAGUAAGUUACGGUUUUAGGUGAAUUCUUGGUGUUUUUUUGUUUGUUUGUUUGUUUGUUUCUGUUUUCACAAGUAUCACAGACUUUUUGUUUUGGGCUGAAUUCACAGUCAUGUUUCACACUUCUAUUCUUAUACUACAUAAGCAAAAUGUUAAAAAUAAAGUUUUGUCUUUAAGAUAAGAACCUAAAUCAUUUCCUGAAAAUACACUGUGCCUGCCCUGUUGGCAAAUAUACUUAUCUAUUAACAGGUGUUACAUUUAUAAAAUAAUUCUGCUCAAACAUAGACGUAUUUAAUUUAAAUAGUCAUAGGACUGUCAUUUUACAAUGUCUGGACAGUUCUGGUCUUGAGGUUCUGCUUCACAGAGUAAGCAAGAAAGUGUGGCUGUCAUAGAGAUUCAUAAGAACACGUAAAAGAAGGUUUUUUUUUUUUUAUUUAUCAUAUUGUGAUUAAAAAAGAAGAUGUGAUCCACAGAUCAGAGUGGACACUGAAGAUGAAGGGGACAGGUAAGUAAACAAAUGGGAUUGUAAUCAGUUUGUCUCACAAAGUGGGUUUACAUAAAGUACAUUCUUCUCUAUCUGGUGCACUGCUGUAAGUUUUUGUUUGUUGGUUUCUGACCAUCCUGUUUUGCAACACACGGUCACACUACAUAGACAUCUCAGGGGGACAGAAUGACAGCUGUCACGGUGCAAAUAACCCUGGCGGGAAGAGCUCUUUCUACUUGUCCGAUACCGUCUGGCAGAGAUGUGGAUCCAUCAUAUAGAACAAGCUUCAAAGCUAUGCAGGAGGAUAUCAGAGCAUCAGAAAUCUAGAGCUGCUAAGUCUGCAGUGCCCAUUCAGGAGAAAUCCCACGGGUGCAGGAAAUACUAUGGAUGCGCCCUGGUCCAACAGAGAAACACCAGGGACACAGAGGUCAACUCAUGAUCAGGACCCAAAAGUCUGUGCAUGCCAGCUUCAGGCAAUGCGACAAUUAACUGCAAGUCCAAUAUAUGAUUUACUAAUUUAAUCUCAGUAUAUGGCAGAUCCUUAGCUAGUUAAAACCAUCACUCCAGGCAAAGUGCUAUAUAUUUAAAUAUAUAUUUUAAAUAUAGUUUAUAUUUUCGUCUCUGCUCUGUCACAAACCAGUAACAUGUUAAAGUCACAGUCAAGAAGGGCAAUCUACAGCAAAGAACUGCAAGUCACAGGAAUAUUUGUGAGAUGAUGAUUGACACAAUAAAGAUUCACUCCCUUUUGUAAACUGCUGCGUUUUCAAUAGAAAAGAUAAAUCUUCUAACCUUAGUACAUGUAUUUCAACUAUUGCCCAUUUUCUGGUGUUUUUUUUUGUUUGUUUGCUUGCUUUGUUUGCUUGCUUUUUGUUCUUCUUUCGUUGUUGUUGUUGGUUGGUUGAUUGUCUUUGCUUGUUUGUUUUUGGUUUUACAACCACAGACACACACUGGAAGAACCUGCCCUACACAGCUGAGCAUAAAGGGACUCUUUCCCAACCUUCCACCCACACCAUAACUUUAUUUCUUCUGCUUUGGACCCCAGAGACUGCAUGAGGGGAAGAGAAGCACAGGAACAGAGCAUUUUGGUGGGCUGCUUGUAGGGUUUUUUCAACUGGUUGUGUUGACAGACAGCAAGCUGCACGAUGAACUGCUAAACAUUUUGAGAUUUGCAAUUAAGAAAAGUCUUUGGGACUUAAACAAAAAUACUGUUACAAAAAAUCAAAGAUAUCCAAAAGCAAUUUCCAAACAAGCAGAAUCAUAUAUUACAUCUCCAUAUACCUUUUACAGACUGGAGGAUAAGAGCGGCCCCAUAAUGACAUUAUAAAUACAGCAAACUAAUGGUGGACGCAAUGCCAACACGUCAUCGUUAUGCAAAUUGGACUGUUGGCAGAAAUGGCUAUCCAACAAUCUCUUGCGAAGUAACCAGACCCCUAGUGGUGUCCAUUACAGCUACACUAAUUAGCACCACAUUUAAACAAUUUUAAUAAGCUUUUUCCUUAACCCCUUGACAGAGACAACUCCUGAAGCUAACGCAGAAACGUACGAGCACUUCACACAGGAGGGCUGGGGUUUUGCUCAGGGCACUGACAGGCAGAAAAGCAAGGGGGAGUCUACCUGGAAAGGCAGAUGACAAUAUUUAUAUUACAGACCUGUAGGGAUGGAGAGGCAGAUUGCACCGGAGUAAAGUCUAGCUCAGUUUGCCAAGGCUCUGGUGGAACCUAUCCCUAGCACUUACACUGCUGUCCCUUCCACCAGAGACCUGCCCCAGUAACCUCUCCUGAACUGGUUCUACAUUUAGGCUCCGUAUUGGCCUAGAGGGCAAUGGAUUCAAAACCUCUCCAUUUCAGACACUGCUCUUGGAAAGCUGCAAGAAUGAGAUACAAAAAGUGGCUUUUGCCUAUCAGUGCUGUCAUUUUAGGUCCACCAGCCUCAGAGGAAUCCAUGUGCAGAAGCUGUGCACAGCACCCAACUUGCAUAGGGCCAGGCAUUGAAGCACCAUGAUCAGCAACAGCCGAGCUGCUAGGAAAAGCUCAACAAGGGCAUGAUUUCAUUUCUCUCUCCGCUUGAUCAGUUUUGAAGUAGAGGAAGAGGAGGGAAAGCAUCAACCAGAAACCUGAGCAAUUAAUAGCUUUCUCUCCUUUUUCUUCAGAAGCAGCAUCUGUCUCUGGCAGCUUGAAGGGCAAUCAUUGCCCAAUAACGUUGUCCCACAGGGCACAAUUUGUCCAUUUGUUAGGCAGACCCAGCUCUCCCCAGUGUGCAUUUUCUAGGGGAUGUGCUAAGUUUUGGGGUCUCUAGCAUCAAUUCCAACUGAAGGGGUCACCAGUGCUGCUGGACAGGGAAGGUCCACACUGGUCUUGAUCUACAGGUUUGGAGCUCUUAGCUUAGGGUGCUUCCCACCCUCUUUCUUAAGUCCUUCAGCACCUGCACAGGAUUUUGUAAUAGAACUAUCACCACAUGAAUUUAAGAGAGAUGCUCUGAGGGCUCUGAAUGUACCAACAGGCUCCAAUUUCUAUCUUUUGUCAUCUUUCUCUGUAAUCCUCCUUGGUAUCCUCAUCCCAGCCCCUGCCAGGUGUUUGAGGUCAGCACUGAUGUGGCACAGCUGCACGACCUUGGCUCAGACUGCCAUGAAACCUACUUAACUGGGAGAGCCCUAGGCUGGGGUCUUUGCCCUUCAGUUGUUUGUGGGGGUUGUGUUUAGGUGAAGUGCCUUGCUGGAUGUGUGCUUAGUUUUGUACCUUGCCUAUGCUUGCUGGCUUGACUUCAGACCUGCCUUUUAUCUUGGUGGAUGUGGACUUUCAGGCUCGGAAGAGGAUUUGUGAAAAACUCAGAAGCCUCACUCAGAAUAUACAGAACUAUGAAACUGGUGAGAAGUCAGCCUGAGCUUAAGAAAGAAAUAACCAACUCUCUUCUUAAGGGACCAUACUGCAAGGUAUUAAAAUGAUAAAGCCUAAGGGUGCUAUGGAGACACAAACCUGGCUGAGCUGCUUGCUUCUCAAACCGUAUCUUUUCUUCUCUGGCUCUGUCCUCUGCAUUAACAGGAAUCCCAAGGUCAUCCCGAGGAAUUAUCUUUCCAUGGAAAGG